AUGGCAGAAAGGUUAACACAGAUCAAAGAUCACAUCGUUUCCGCUGUAUCGCCAUCCAUCACGGAUUCUAGACCGGACGACGUAGUGGUCGUAACAGCAUAUCGCUCAGCAAUCGCCAAGGGGUUCAAAGGAGGGUUCAAAGACGUGAACUCGGAUUACCUGGUGCACCAGUUUCUGCAAGAGUUCUUGGAAAAAGCCCCAGCUGCAGUAAGAGAAAACAAGCAUUUUAUCCAGGAAGUCGCAUGCGGGAACGUGUUGAACCCUGGAGCGGGCGCCACAGAGCACCGUGCAGCGUGUUUGGCCGCAGGCGUGCCCUACACCGCACCUUUUGUUGCCAUCAACAGACAGUGUUCCUCCGGGUUGAUCGCCAUCAAUGACGUGGCCAACAAAAUCAAAGUGGGACAAAUCGACAUGGGACUUGCAAUGGGCGCAGAGUCAAUGUCCAAAAACUACGGUCCGCAAGCGCUCGGUAAUGUGUCCAAGGAAUUGAAACAGGACAAAAACGCCCGCAAAUGCAUGAUCCCUAUGGGGAUCACCAACGAGAACGUAACUCAACAGUUUCACAUUUCCAGAGAAAGCCAAGACGCUUUUGCCGCCGAGUCUUACCGCAAGGCCGAAAAUGCCGUUUCUAACGGUCUUUUCGAAGACGAAAUUUUGCCCAUACGUCUGCCUGACGGAACCGUUAUUUCGGUUGACGAAGGCCCUCGUAAGGGCGUCACGGCCGAUAACCUGAGCCUUUUGAAACCUGCUUUCAAUAAGGAAUCCGGAACCACUACGGCUGGUAACGCCUCGCAAAUUUCUGACGGUGUUGCGGCCGUUCUUCUAACAAGGCGGUCCGUAGCAGAGUCCAUGGAGCUACCAAUCUUGGCUAAAUAUGUCGCGUGCCAAGUGGUUGGGGUUCCACCUGAGAUAAUGGGUGUUGGACCCGCUUACGCCAUUCCUAAAGUUUUGAAAGAUUGCAAAUUGAACGUUCAGGACAUUGAUGUGUUUGAAAUCAACGAGGCCUUUGCAGGACAAGCUCUUUACUGCAUCGACAAGCUCAAGAUUCCUAUGGCGAAAGUGAAUCCAAGGGGUGGAGCUAUUGCGCUGGGGCAUCCGUUGGGUUGCACUGGGGCCAGACAAGUGGCCACCAUUCUAAGGGAAUUGAAAGCUGGCCAGGUCGGCGUGGUCAGCAUGUGCGUGGGAACAGGUAUGGGUGCCGCUGCAGUUUUUGUGAAGGAGUAG